UCAAUUUUUGGAACGACAUUCGCCGACGCAGCCGCUCCAGGACGCUGCCCUACACCCAUCACGGUCGCCCAUCUCAGCCGCAACACAGCCCACAAAAACAUCUUCAUACAUGGCGAGAUCCCCAUUCGUUCGUCUUCAAUCUCUCAAAACCCAUCUCUGAAAGUUAAUGUUUUAUUUUUGUUAGCACACUUACACAACCUCACAACUUCAAGCUCCAAAAAUGAAGUUUUGUAUUCUUUCGAAAAACCCCUUGAACGAUCCUCACUUGCUAAAUUCCUCAAAGAAAUUUGUCGAUCAGGUAACUUUACUCUGAAUGAAGCAUUGUACUUUUUUUAUUACAUGAUUAAGUCGCAACCCAUUUCUCGAAUUUCAUCAUUCACUACUUUGUUUAGUGCAUUAGCUAAGAAGAAGCAUUACUAUGAAGUGAUUUCACUUUAUAAGCAGUUGAAUUCAACUGGGUUGCCUCCAGAUUUAAUGUCUUUGAACAUUUUGAUAGAUUGCUUGGGUAAUAUUAAAAGGUUUUCAGAUAGUUUUGCGGUUUUUGGGGCGAUUUUGAAGAAGGUUUUCACCCCAAAUGCAAUUGUUUGAUUAAAGGUCUGUGUGUAGAGAGAAAGAUUAUGGAGUCGAUGGAAUUGUUUAAGAAAAUGGUUGCUGUUGGUUGUAGGCCUAAUGUGGUUACUUAUGGGUCUUUGUUUGAUGGAUUGUGUAAAACGGGGAAGAUAAGUGUUGCUAUUAAGUUGCAUGAAGAGAUGGUUAAUGGGAAUGGAGGAUUUGGUGUUAUUUGUAGGCCAAAUGUUGUUAGUUAUAAUAUUAUAAUUGAUGGCCUUUGUAAGGCUGGAUUGAUUGAGAAGGGUAAGAGUUUAUUUACUGAGAUGAUUCAAAGAGGUGUGGAUCCCGACGUUUAUACCUACAGCAUUUUAAUAAAUGGUUUUUGCUUGGCAGACAGAAUUGGUGAUGCAAGGGCAUUGUUCGAUUUUAUAACUAGGAAGGGGUAUAGAGCUGAUGUUGUUUGCUACACUAUUUUAAUCAAUUGGUAUGGCAAGAAUAAAGAAGUCAAAAGAGCUCUUUAUCUUUAUCGAGAGAUGAUUUUAGAAGGAAUUAGGCCUGAUGUGAUUACAUAUAGCACCUUGUUAACUGGCCUUUUUCUUAAAGGUAAUGUAAAAGAUGCACGAAAUUUAGUUGGCGAGAUGCGACUUAACGGUGUUUUUCCUAAUUCCUGGACAUAUAACAUUUUCAUUGAUGGACUUUGCAAGAAUGGAUGUGUUUUGGAAGCGAUGGAAUUGUUUAAUACUCUAGUAAAUAAUAAGUUUGUAGUUGGCCUUGAAGGUUUGAGUUCCCUCAUUGAUGGAUUAUGUAAAACAGGGAGAUUUGAAACUGCUUGGGACCUAUUUCAGAAAUUUUGUCUUCAUGGAAACCUAGUGCCAAACGUUGUAAUGUAUACCAUUUUGAUCAAUGGGCUGUGUAAAAUUGGGCAACUAAAAAAGGCAAAUGAGUUGCUGUCACAUAUGGAGGAAAAAGGUUGUGCUCCAGAUGUAGUCACAUUUAAUACGCUCAUGUUCGGUUUCCUCAAGAAUAAUGAGAUACCAAAAGUUGUUGAACUCCUUCAUAAGAUGGCUGAGAGAAACCGAAUGUACAAUGUCCUUAGUCAUGCAGUUACUAAUGAAUGCCAAAAUUUAUCGUGAAUGUUUGAACCAGCUUCCUCAAUUUCUGGUCCAAAAGUGAAAUUGAAGCUUAUGUGAUAAAAUGAUAGGAACCAACUACAAUAACUCAACAAUUGGGCUGGGUAGUAGGCCUUUUGUGGGCUUGGGUAAAACUCUCCUUGGAAAAUCGGCUUGCCAAGGGAGGGUGCCCAAGCCCUCUAUAACCCACAUGCCCACCCUUUUCCCCUUCCAAUGUGGGAUCCUAACAUAAGAUUUUUGUGAGUAUUAAACUUCUUUCAGAGGAGAAUCCUGCAAAAGUUCAUCUAGCUGCGCAAAUGCUCUAUUUUGGUUAUGGUAAGAAGAAGGUUCAGUAAGCACUUUCAUCUGUUAGAAUUUGAUAGGGAUAGUGAUGGGGGAUGAUUGAGAAUGAUGGCUUCCCCGAUCAGACAUAUGAUACGUGAUCUGUCUCUGUUGUAAGUGCAUAAAGUGGAGGUGGCAGCAUUGCAGGCUGCACCAGCAUUUGCACAUGAAGUAGGUCUUAAGGGUUUAAGGAUUAAAGGAUUUUUUCUGGUGCAAAUUUCGGUAAGCAAAAGUUGUAUAUGAGAAAUUGUGGAAUGCUUCUACUUUAACUACGACAAUAAUGGUAGCCGCUCAAGUUCAUCUAUUCAACCUGAUCGGUUUACUGGACAAUGGUGUGUCUCUAAUGAUAGUUGAUGAAGACAAAGCAAGAAGAACAUUAGAGAAGGUUUUAAACUUUAAUGUCUCAAAGAAUAUGGAUGCACAGCAGGGGCCGGUUAAUGGGAUCUACCUGUUGGAACAGUUGACAUGACAACAUUGCAGUCAAGAGAAAUAUGGUCUGGUGUUACAUAUGCAGUUGUUGUAACGAUGAUUCAUGGAGAUUUGGUCGAUAUGGGAUUUCAAAUUGCCAUUGAAAUCUAUGACGCAGCAUGGUCUGAAAAUGGACUCGAGUAAGAUCCCCCUAAGCUUAUCAAACAGUGUUAUCUUAUGGCUUAGUUAUAGGCUGUUAACUAAGCUGAGUCUGUGUUUUUUAGAUCUGUAUAGAUUUUAUUGCUGCAUCUGUUUUGUCAGUUCAUUUAA